AUCAGAUACUAUCGUUUUCUGCUAGCCAUGGUAUAUGCCAUCAAGCAAAUUAACAACUCAACAGACAUUUUGCCCAAUGUUAUGUUGGGCUUCAAGCUCUAUGAUUCGUGUUACAAUGAGGUGAGGUCUUUGUUGGGUACAACAUGGAUAACAUCUGGAAAAAAAGAAGGUGUGCCAAAUUACAACUGCCACAGUGAUAUGCCAUCUGCUAUUGUUGGGGACAUAGCUUCCAAGUCCUCAAUACCGAUAGCCAGGAUUCUCGGGCUUUACCAAUUUCCUCAGGUCAGCUACGCUUCAUCUCACCCUAUUCUGAGUGAUAAGAUACUAUUUCCAUCAUUUUUAAGGACAGUUUCCAAUGACAUUUAUGAAGCUUUGGCCAUUGCUAGGUUGGUGAAAUACUUUAACUGGACAUGGAUUGGUGUCAUUACUUCUGAUAAUGAAUUGAGAGAAUUACGAUAUAUGAUACUAAACAGAGAGAUUGAAGCAAAUGGUGGUUGCAUUGCAUUUAUGGAGACUCUUCCUACAUACACCUCAAUGGAAUCUGUCAUUCGUACUAUUGAUAUCAUCAAAAAAUCCAGAGCUACAGUAAUUAUUGUUUACACUACCAUGGAGAAUCUCAUCCCUUUGAUAGAGCAGGCUUACUUUCAUAAUCUUUCCAACAAAGUAUGGAUCGGUAGCAGUAGUUGGUCAAUUUCUUCAGAUUUUCCUAGAAAAGAAAUAUUAACUAUUUUGAAUGGUAGUCUUAGUAUAAUGCCAACAAGUGGAAAGAUUCCAGGUUUUAAGGAAUUUCUUUACAGCUUUCAUCAGUCCAACUAUUUAGAUGGUGUGUUCAUUAAAAUGUUUUGGGAAGAAGCAUUUGGCUGUAUUUGGCCAGGAGAUGAUUUAUACAAUGAUACUUCUGCAAGAACAUUUAUAGAAGAAAAACAUUUUUGCACUGGCAAAGAGAGACUGGAAAGCCUUGAUACAACAGUGUAUGAUGUCUACAACCUUCGAUACACAUAUAAAGCUUACCUAGCUACUUAUUCCAUAGUUCAUGCUUUGCAACAGAUGUAUUCUUGCAAGCCAGGACAGGGUCCAUUUAAGAAUGGCUCAUGUGCAAAUAUUUAUAAUCAUCAACCUUGGCAGUUGCUCUAUUACAUAAAACAUGUAAAGUUCAAUGACACUGCAGGAGAAGCAAUUUCUUUUGAUGAGAAUGGAGAUUUUCCUCUGCAUAUGGAUAUUCUAAACUGGCAGAUCCUCCCCAAUGGCAGCAGCCAAUAUGUAAAAAUAGGCAGCUUUGAUGGUCGUUCACCAAAAGGACAUGAACUUCAGCUUGACCAAAAUAAAAUAUUAUGGAAUGGAGGGAAGGUGCCUCUCUCAAUCUGCACUGAUCCAUGCCCAGUAGGUUAUAGAAGAUCUAUACUUCAAGGACAAAAGAUUUGCUGUUUUGACUGUUUAUCCUGUUCAGAAGGAGAAGUUCUUAACCCUUUUGAUGACGCUCAAUGCAUGAUGUGUUCUGAAGAUAAAAUGCCUGACAUCAGUAAAGAAGAGUGCAUUCCUAAACCUAUCCAGUUCCUUGCAUAUGAAGACACAUUGGGCUUGUCCCUGGCCUUUAUUGCAAUUAUUUUGUGUUUGUUAACAUUUUCCAUAUUAUGUCUGUUUUUAAUGAAAAACAAAACCCCCAUUGUUAAAGCCAACAACAGAGAACUAAGCUAUCUUCUCCUAAUCUCUCUAAUGCUCUGCUUUCUUUGUUCUUUAAUAUUCAUUGGACGCCCAACCACAAUCACUUGCAUGUUACGCCAGGUGGUUUUUGGUGUUAUUUUCUCUGUCUGUCUUUCAGUGAUAUUGGCCAAGACUGUUACAGUCAUCAUGGUGUUCAAUGCAACAAAACCAAAUAGUAAGAUUAGAAAACUUGUUGGACUACGGAUUCCUAUUUAUAUUGUUCCCUGCUUUACAAUGGUCCAGAUUGUGUUGUGCAUCUUUUGGCUGGCCAACACUUCUCCUUUUGUUGAAUUUAACAUGAGAGCUGAAAUUGGUAAAAUCAUUGUUGAAUGCAAUGAAGGUUCCAUAUUUUUAUUUUCCUGUGUUUUAGGUUACAUGGGUUUCUUAGCUUCUAUUAGUCUCCUAGUUGCAUUUCUAGCUAGAAAACUGCCAGACACUUUUAAUGAAGCCAAAUUUAUUACAUUCAGCAUGUUAGUUUUUGCCAGUGUUUGGCUCACUUUCAUUCCAGCCUAUCUCAGCACCAGAGGUAGACUUAUGGUUGCUGUGGAAAUCUUUGCCAUUCUAACAUCAAGCUUUGGACUUCUUGUUUGUAUAUUUUUUCCAAAAUGCUAUAUCAUUCUUCUGCGGCCAGAGAUGAACAAUAAAAUAUUUAUAACUGGGAAAAUAAUAACUAAAAAACCCUAG